AUGUCUCACAAUCACUCUCAGUCGCAGGCUAGUACCGGUGGACCAGUACAGGGUCCCGGACCAGAGCCGAACCCAGCACUCGAUGACGAGAUGCUGACUCCGAGCGACGAUGAAGAAGAUAUCGAGAACCCAAGAGAAGUGAAACCCAAGAUGGCAACCCUAGACAAAUACGAUAGUAACCGGGAAGGGUUACGAACGUUCCUCACCACUAUCGAGUUAUACUGCGGCUACAACAAAGUGCUACACGACGAAGAGAAGAUUCUCAUGGCCAAUACCCACCUAAAGGGAAAAGCGUUUAACGACGGCCUUUCUGCGGAAGAACGCAAGAAGCGUUACAAUAGUAAGGCAUGCCUCCACUAUGGCGAAGUAGGACACUUCCGCAGGGACUGCCCGAAGAACGAAGUCAAGCAAGGAGCGGUCAAGAUUGGGAUGCUACGGAUAGCAACACCUUACCCGACCAAGGAGCCAGACGAAACGCUUAGCGACCUAGACCUGUACGACGAAGCAAGACAAGCCACCAACAAGGCCUUUAAGCUAGUACAAGAGGCAAUAGGACUCCAAGACUUCAAGUAG